CUUGAAAAUAAGCGGAGUAGUGUUCAAAAUUCCUAAAACGACCUUAAGGGAAAAUGAGUGGUGAGAUUCAUGAAGAACGCAUCUCACUGUCCGACUCAACUGAUGAGUCUUCUGAUGAAGAAAAUGAAUCUGAAACUAGUUUUGUCAGCGACCCAAAGUUGGAAAAACCGAAGGAGAACAUUAUAUUGGACGACAACUCUUUUGGUGAAGACACUGAGACCUGUUCAAUAUGUUUCGAAUUAUGGACGUCUUCAGGACCUCACAAAGUUUGUUGUCUCCGCUGCGGACAUCUUUUCGGUUAUUCAUGUGUUGUCAAGUGGCUUAAAUCUGCAGGAAAAACUGCUAAGUGCCCUCAAUGUAAUUCUAAGGCUAGUCGUAAUGAUAUUCGUGUAUUAUAUUGUCGAAACCUAAAGGUCUUAGACACAACUGAUCGAGAUAGAGCUCUGGCUGAACUUGAUCGUGAACGAAAAGCGCGUCAGAAAGCAGAACAGGAAGCUGCUGAACUUAAGGCAAGGUACGACCUUAUGCAAGCAGAACUACUGCAGCUUCGCGAUGAGCUUCAGUCUGCCAGAGGAUUUUCAAAGAUCCAAACGUCUCGUUUUCUCAACCCUGGAGAUCUGUCAAAUUACCAAAGUUCAAGCUCAGAAGUUCCAUCCCUUCAAAUUACUUCGAAUGGUCAGUAUGAAUUAUUAAAUACUUUUCUUGUUUCAGCUGAUGGAAACUGCCGCGUUAUGGCAUCCUGUGAUUACCUAAACAUCUUGUGUGUUUCACAGUCUUCAACCAAUCCAAUAUUUCGAGGAUACGGUAUACGUAAGGUAAAUAGCGCUGAACAAAGAUUAGUAAAAUAUGUUCAUCUACAUACACAACCAAUUAGAGAUUUGGCGUUUCAUCCCGCGGCUCAAGAUGGUAUUGUGGCUAGUGCAAGCCUCGACAAAACUCUACGUCUUACCAGUUUAUUGAAUGAUACAAUUGUCCAAACUUACCAAUGUCCAGCAGGUGUAUGGAGUUGUUGUUGGACUACAGAUUCGAAUCGCUUAUUUGCAGGAUGCGCCAAUGGUUCCAUUCUUCUAUACGAUAUACGCGUAACUACAGGUCCUUUGGACACCUUAUUUGUACCAAAUAAUGAUGCACCUGUUUUGGGACUGCAAUACCUUUCCCCUACUGAAGAUCAAAAUACUUCUACUGCUGGAGGUUUGUUAGUUGGACAGUUAAAUAAAGUUACAUUCAUGUCUGAAACCUCUGUAAAUUCCUCGGCUACCCAUGAAGCAACUGGUGAAGAAUCUGUUACCAACAUUGAUUCAAAUAAUAGCUCUGAAUACGUGCGACCACCUGAUCUACAAAAUAAUCCUACUUUGCCUACAACCAACUGGUAUGGAAAUCUGCCAACAUAUAAGCCGCAUAAUCUUCCUUUGGAAGGUAGUUUGGUUUCAUUGAGUGCUCUUCCACAAAGACGUCAGUUUUUGGCUUCCUACAGGCCGUCUCAGCGAUUACCCCGUGUAAGGCACUUGUUAACGGAAUUGCAAAGUGAUUCUUCUGCACUGACAGGAACUGCCUACUCUUGCAGAGAAAUACACAAUCUUUGGGCUGGAAGCCGCAUGAAGAAGCUCACUCGCGCCAAACUGUUUGUUGGACCUUCAAAGGAAUCAGAUCUUAUCGCUGUUGCUGGUAGUGAAGAUGUUGGUGGUGCACUAAUCUGGCAAUGUGGUGAUGGUACGCAAAAGCAAGUCCUGAAACCUCCUGAAACCACUGCUGACAACCCUGUUUUGGAUGUAUGUCCCAUAUAUGUUACAGCCACACAAACUCACUACUUAGCACUACUUACUGCUCGAUUGCUUCAUUUUUACAUCUGGCGUUACUAAAAUAUAAACAAUGAACUCUAUGUAAAUAUGUGUACAUAAUGUAACUCAGAUAAUACCUAUUUUUUAUUUCAA